UCCGGAUCAGGUAGCAUGAAUCGUGGUGUAAGCCCCGCCACGUCUCCUUUUAGAAGUGAGGGCUGAGGGAAGAAGGAUAUAGAAAUGAAGUCCCGUCCCCACCCCCGCCACCGACCAAAAUGUAAAAGGAAAGGCCUUCGCUGCUUAAUGCUUAAUACAGGUCACGGCGGGCGGCGAGCCUUUUAAGCGAGCUCAGCGCACCGCCUCACUUGCGCGCGCGUCUCUGGGCCCGGAAAGCGCGGGCCGCGCGAACCCUUCCUCCCCCUCGGCGUCUCUCCCAGAACGAAGCCCGCCAAAGCGGCGGCGGCGGCCGCUCCCCUCCUCUUCCUUCGCCGCGCCUCCGCCGAAGCCCAACCCAGCCGAGCCUCCCGCUGCCGGGGCUCCUCCCAGUCCCAACCGGCGGGCUCCAGGCCCCGCCCCGCCGCCCGGCUCGGCUGGCUCCUGACUGCUGCUCGUGGUGGCUGUUGCCGCAUGCUGUUUCGUGCCGUUGCCGGAGGAGCUGGAAGAUGGCGGAGCCGGGGCCGGACUGCAGCGCGCUUCUGGACGAAGAGCUCUCCUCCUUCGUCUUCAACUAUCUCACCGACAGCCAGUAUGAAGUGUCUGGUGAGGAACACCUCUACUCUGAUUUCCCAGAGAUAGAUUUGUCCCAGUUGGAUGCCGGUGACUUUGACUCAGCCAGUUGCUUCAAUGAGCUGCAGUGGUGUUGCGAGCACUCUGAAACAGAGUCCAGCCAGUACAGUACAGAUGACUCCGAGCUUUUUCAGAUUAUUGACAGCGAGAAUGAAGCGCUGCUGGCGGCUCUCACCGAGACACUGGAUGACAUCCAGGGAGACGACAUGGGCCUGGCCGCCUUCAGACCUAUGGACGAGGGGGACAUGCCCAACAGCGGCUGCACGUCACUCACCCCCUCUCCCAAACCUGCCGCCCCUCUCCCGAGGGGGCCUCCUCUGGCCCCAGAGGUUGAUGAGCUGUCUCUACUGAAGAAGUUGCUCCUUUCUCCAUCCAAUGUGCCUCCAAGCUACGAGGUUCAGAGAGAGGGGAGCACAUGGCGUCAAGGAACUCCCAAAUCCAGACCCCAGCGACCCUGUACAAAGGUGGACAGUGUCCGAGACCGAAAGCCGAGUUUUCUCCAGGCUCAGAGCCGGAGCUGCACCGAGCUUCAUAAGCACCUCACCUCCAUCACUGCCCACUGCCCACACACAAAGGACAACUGGCCGCCGGACGAGUGCCACAGUGGUGGCACGGAGCCCCAGAGAUACUGCGCCCACCAUGGAGAGGACAGCGACUCCGGUGAAGAGUUGCUGCCCUGCGGCAACAUGGCAGCGACUCCGCCGUCUUCCUCCGAGGAAGGCACUGGAGAGAAGGAGCUGCACGCUACUGUGGAGCUCAUCCGCUACAUGCACACUUACUGCCUUCCCCCCAGAAAGCUGCCCCCCACAGACCUUGCCGAUGCGAGACACCAGCAUUUCCACAGCCCCUCCAAGAGGGCCAAGCCGGAUUGCCCCCUGCAGCGGCCUCCGCUCUGCAGCAAGGACAGUUGCCCGCCCAGCUCUUGGCAGCUCUCAGCGGGCUGCAAGCAGCCCAGAGCCCCCGCAGCCAGUUUCUCCAUCCUGAAGGAGCUUCUUGCCAGGGACCUCCCGUGUGAUGUGAGCAAGCCAUACCGGUUGGCCAAACCUGCAUACGCCUCCUUGACCAGGUUGCAGCCACCCAAGGCUCCAGGAGCUCCGCCACCCGAGGCUGCUGCGGGAUCCACGGAGCCGUGCAAGUCCGCGGGCAGAAUGCCACCAGAGGUGAAAACGGAGUCCAGGCAGGGCCCCAAAGCGGAGCCCGAGGUGAAGGAAGAGACCGGCAGCCCUGCGGAGGAGGAGGAGGACUGUGCAAAGCGGCCCCAGCUGGCCUUUGGGAAGGCAGGCCGCAAGCAGGAGAGCUUUAUUUAUGCCGUGCGGCGCUCCAAAAGACUCAACCCUGAGCUCAGUCUCUGGCUUUCGUUCCUUGAUGACUCUCCCCCUGAUCCGGCCACAGCCCCUCAAAACAAAGUGGCCUCCCCAGAACUGUCCCUGUGCUCCUCCACUCUGCAGAACUUUGACAGGGAAGCACCAGCAGCAGAGGUCGAAGUGAGCGGUGCAGGAGAGGCAGAGGACAGGUAUCAGAGUCUCCCGAUGGAGCUGCAAACCCCCUCACCAGAGAGCUCUGGGGAGAGCGAAGCAUGUGAGAUAAGCGAGAGCCCGUGCUGCGCCCUUUUGCAUCAGACAGAAGCACCAAGGUGUCUGUCGCUGCCCUUGGCAACAACAGAACCAACAUUUGGAAAGCGCAGUUUCGAGCAAGUUCUGACCGUAGAGCUGUGUGGCACUGCAGGUCUCACACCACCAACUACACCACCAUACAAGCCUUCAGAGGAGGACCUGUAUAAGCCAGACAUUCACCAGAGGCCAGCCAAGGAGACUGCCAUCAUCACCAGCUCUGAGCCACAGCCAAUGAUAGGGGACAGGGCAGCCUCUGGGAAGAAGCAGAAGAAGCACCCGGUGCGGACAGAGCUGUAUGCACACCUGAGUCGGUCCACCCCCCACCUGCCCCACCCCGAGCCACAUGGGGUGCUGAAGCGCCCUUUCUCACGCUCUUUCGGUGACCACGACUAUUGCCAGGUCUUGAAGCCCGAGGCCUCGCUCCAGAGGAAGGUCCUGAAAUCCUGGGAGCCCCUGAGCCAUGUGGAAAACAAACACAAGCGGAGAGCCCCUGAUGUGCACUACCAGCACGAGAGUCAAGAGGGCGUCAGUGUGACCUCAGUGAAGGAGGGAAGCCAGCAGCUGAGGGACCAGGAGAUCAGGGCCAGCUUGACAAAACACUUUGGCCUCUUGGACAGUGCCCUCGAUGCCGGGGAGGCGGCCUUCUGCAAGACGCCUGAAUAUGACACCGUCUUUGAGGACAGCUGCAGUGAGAUUGGUUCCCCGCUGGAGGAAGAGGAGGAGGAGGAGGAAGACGAGGAGGAGGAAGAGUGCUGCACAAGUCCAUUGGAAUCCAAGAUGUGCCCCUACAAGAACCCUCUUUCCAGGGCCAGUUUGCACUAUUGCUCCCGAAGCAGGUCUGAUUCUGAGUCUUCGUGCUGCAGGUCCAGGUCUCCAGCAAGCAGAUACGAAAAUGGCAAGCAGUGUCAAGAUGGAACUGUUGGACAGAUGGAGAAGAGGAGAGAAAAGGCCAUUGGAGAAAGCCGCGUAGUGUACAUCAGAAACCUUGCCAGCAGUAUGAGCUCCACUGAACUGAAGAAGCGCUUUGAGGUGUUCGGAGAGAUUGUUGAGUGUUGCGUUUUGACCAGGAAUAAAAGGGGAGAUAAAUAUGGCUUCAUCACGUAUCGGUGUUCAGAACAUGCCGCCUUAUCCUUGAAGAAUGGUGCCUCGCUAAGGAAAAGAAAUGAGCCCUUGUUCCAGCUGAGCUACGGUGGCUUUGGGCACUUCUUCUGGACCAGAUACACUGACUUGGAUUCCAACACAGAAGAGUCCUCCCCAGCUCUGAUAAAAAGCAAAUAUGAGACCAUGGAUUUCGACAGCCUGCUGCAGGAGGCCCAGGAAAGCCUACAUCGGUAACAGCCUUAACCUUUGAGGAAUACCUCAAUACCUCAGUCAAGGCACUUCCAAUAUGUUUACGUUUUCAAAGAAAUGAUUAAGUAUACAACGAGAGAGAGAGAGAGACUGCUGUCCCUUUAAAUCGAUGUUUACAUUGAACAAGCUGCUUCUGUCUGUGAGUCCCCAUGGUGUUGAUGUUCCACUGCCACACAUUAGUAUCUUUGCUUCUGACUGGUUGUGUUAGGAUGAGCCUGCAAAAGCCUCCUGUCCCCUUCUUGUCCGGCCCCUUUCUCUGCCCCCCCCCCCGUUACCCCACUUCCGCCGUGGAUUUGCAGCUGUGUUCACCAUAACUUUUUUUUUGUCUGUAGUGUGUGAUGAUGAAAUUGUUAAUUGUGAAUAGAAUCAGGAUUGUAAACUAAUUUUUAAUAGAAGAAAGAAAUAUAUACUUAUAAUGUAUUUAUGGCUCAGAUGUACUGUAAUUCAGAUUUAUUGUACCGCUUCCUUGAUUUUUAACUAUGCACUGUAAUGAGGCACUUGCCUGUCAGCAGAUGUGGCCCUCCCCAAAGGGUGCCCUCCAAUUGGCCACUCAGUUGAAAUUGGCUUCAGCCCUGUCCAUGGCGAACCAAGGGGUGACCAACUGAUGUUGUGCUCUUGCUAUAUAAGCCAUUUGUUCCGUUUCGUUUGGGCUGAAUUCUGGGAUCACCACUGCCCUGUUUGUUGAUGGCACAAGGCACAUUGUGAUUCCUCAGUCCAGAGCUGGCUCUGGGUGGAUAGGAAUGGCGUUCUCAGGUGGUGCAUUUUUGAGGAAGGGGAGAGAGGGAAAAGGAGCAAGGGGAGAGUGUGUGUUUUCCCGCUGUCUAUGAUGGAUUGGCAGUGGUCACAAGAUAGUGAAGCCCCACCUGCCAGGGAAAUGGUAUGUAAGAAAAGCUCCCCUGGAUCAGAACAAAGAAAAGCUCCUCUGGAUCAGAACAAAGAAAAGCUCCUCUGGAUCAGAACAAAUGCCUAUCUAGUCAAGCAUUCUGUUUUGUGCCAUGGGCGACUAGAUUCCUAAAAGGUAAUAGUCCUCUCCUUUUGAUGCUCUCCAGCAGUGUAUGAAGGCAGUAGUUUGCUCUCCAGCAACUGUUACUCAAGAGGCGUUCUGUCUUUAAACUUGAAAGCUCUGUAUAGCCAUCGUGACCAGUAGUGCAGGAGCACAAGUCUCCAGCAAGACUGAGAAAGUCUGAGAGCCAAUCCCAGAACAAUUAUGCCCAGAGGUUUCUUUGCAUUACAUCUACCAUCUAAUGAUAGCAGCUGCAGUUUGCCAGGUCCAUGUGGGAGUUUGAGGUAGAGGAAUGUGAAGCAAUUCAUUUAAGGCCAUACAUGACAUCACCAGUAGCCUCAGGAAUAGUUUUUUACCCAUCUGGUCAUCUAACCAAAGCAAAAUCUCCUGCCUGGUGGGCAACACCCAACAGAAAAAAAAUUCAAAGGAAUUCUCACACCUUGGGCUGAGUGAGUUCACAGUGCUUACAGCUGGCACAUAGCACAUGGCUCAUCAGCUGAUUGUCCCUGCUCCAUUUUGAACACUACUCUCCUUAUGAGUGGAAUAAGCCAUAAAGCAUAGUGUCAUUGCUAUGAAGCCUUGUGAAGCGACUUCCCCUCUCUCUCUUUCUCCCGCUCCCUGUCAAGAAAGGCAUGGAUGUCACUGCCUAUUUGAUGUUCAUUUUGACUUCCUCUUGGCGACGAUCUUGUGCCCUCCUUUAUUUCUUCCCCGGCUUCUUUCAGAUUCAGAAGUUUGAGGAGUCAUUACAAAGGAAGUCUUAGAGUGAUUUAAGCAACUAGUUUAGGGGCUCUUUGAUACGAACCGGGAUGCUGGGACAGAGGCAGUGUAGAAGCCUCUAGCUCAGAAGACCGAGUAGUGGGAAGGAGUCGCUAUCUAACUUCCGCAAUUGUUUCACUCAAACAUAGCUCGGACUUGCCACAAUAUACUAUGCUAAUGCCUCAUGCAGUAUGGUUGUUCUCGUGCUAUACUUGGAAGCCAUGUCCAGGAACAUGAGAGGCAGACCAAGAAACCAGCAGAUGCAUCAAGAGAUAGCAUUUUCAAGUGGGGACCAAAUAACCUUGCUAAUACCUUCAUCAGCCACCAUGUCUUUGGUUCAUUUUUCACAAAGGAUCAAGAUCUCUGGCAUUUAGCCACCCCAUGUAUACAGAAUGCAACAACCUUAAUUUGGCCAGCAGUUAUUUAAUCUGAAUCAAAAGGAACAAAUUGCCAAAGACCUUGGCAACUGCCUGGCUUAGGUCUAACUCAUGCUUGCCUGUCUUGAGUAAUUCCAUUGACCCAGUAAGGACCACACGCAUCAGAAACACCAUGAAUGAGGUCAAGGCGUCGGCUCAUGUGUUAUCCCAUACUAAUUAUGUGAUCGUUUCUGUCUUUUAAUGUGGAGCUUUAAUAACAACAGUGCUUAUUUUAUAUAGUAACUGAUGUCACAAUUUCACGUGUUGUUGGCCAAAAAAAUAAUAAUAAUAAACCUCACGAUAUUGGCUUCUUCAAUGUUGCUUGCACCACCUCCAUUCGAGAACUUACUGAUGGAUUGCAAGAUCCUCUCAUGAUCAGCCCAGAGCAAAGUCUGGCCCAGAUAAAGCAUCUGCUGUUGACAAGUGCCUCAUUGUAGCUCUGCCUUUUUCUGUCCUAGUAUUUCCUCACCACAAUGAUGUUUACAUGUGAUUGCUAUAGAGCUUACUGUAGAAUGUACAUAGCGACACACUUAGGGUGGGUAGGACUGUCCUGUCCUGUGCUGUGCUGAUGUUUUCAGAGAACAAUCGAACAGAAGAAGAAGAAAAAUAAGUAACCACCCCUACAACAGUUAAGUGGAAUUCUUCCAUCUCCUGGCUUGGUUACAAGGGUAGAUCAAAGUUCACCGCUGGCUUUGGUCAGAGAGAUGGAAAAUGCAUCAAAUUUCUGAGCAUGCUGAAAGUGUUGAAUGCAGCUGCAGAGGAGAAGGAAGACUCCUUCUGCUCUCCAGAAAGAGCUGCCUUCAGUGCAGAUCGCUUGCAAACAUGGGUUUGUAUUUAAUCAGUUUUUAUUAUUAUUAUUAUCUCAAGUUACUUUUAAGAGGCUGGACUUACCAAUGAUGUUAGAGCAUGCACACACACGCUCUUUUGAGGAGGGAAGAAGGUCCUGUAACGCACAUGGCCUCUCAAUCCUAGAUAUAGGGAGAGGUGCAAUAAGUGGUCUUUGUGUUGCCUGAAGCCUAUAAAAAUAUUUAUUUUAAUUUUUUGUGAGAAAUUUCACUAGGACUUUAUGCAAUAUGCACACAUGUGCACAAACGCACACAUGUAUAGGGAAAAGGUAGUGGCGGGGCAUUGAGCCCCUCUGACUGCUGCUGGGUAUAGCAGCAGCAGCUGUAAAUCCACCACUGUUGAAUGUAGAGCCUGAGUGGUAUGGUUUGAAAAGCACGGACAUCUAAUGCUGGUUGUGGCACACUAGUAACCUGUGGCUUAUUUUAAUGGCUAUUGGAAGCACAGCUGUAUCAGCCACAGGGAUACAAACAGUGCAAAAACCCUUGGCUAUCAGAAGCUUGGAAAGUUGCUCCAUAUGCGAUGGGAGAAUUUUAGGCAGCAAGCCUGUAUUCAGGGUAUAUUCCAGGAGGGUCCUCAUAGAGCAGCAAGCUGCUGUGCUCCACAUGCACUGCAAGAAGUAGUUUGAGCUGCUGCUGGUGAAAAAAACAAACCCCAAAACUCAGUUCAGAAUGGCACAGGAAUCGGAAGGACCA